UAAUUGUAUGAAAAGUUCAACCAACUAAUUGAUAAUAUGUCUGUCAUUUAUUAUAUAAUUAUUAUCUUAUUGGUGGCCUUAAUGUCGAUUAGCGGCGACGACAACCUCAAUGCGACUUCUGGAGCACUGCCUGAAACUACCACCAACUCUGAUGGUGGUAGUGAUGGCAAUACCUACUGUAGUUUAAACCAACAAAAGGCCACAGCCAUCACAAAUGCGUUUCUCAUAAAUUCUACGCUAUUCUACUGUAUAGCCGAUGUGUGCUACCGGUCCAUCAUAUCGGACAACGACAUGACUGAACUGCCCGGCAAACAAAAGUCAAACAUAUUUCUAGAAAUCGAUAGUAAAGAGUUUCACACCAUCAACAGCUCAUUUAUGAUAGAUGACGGUUCAAAGCCUGCAGUGGUAUUGCUUUUUGGUCAACGGGGAGGACAAGGAAAACGCUUUAGUUAUAUAUUCUAUCAAAUGGGUGCCGAUAUGUAUGCACCAGUUGGAGAAAACUAUACAGAAAUGCCGUGGGGUUUGGAUAAAAAUGGUAUUGUAAAUGGAAGUAUAUUUCUAAAAUAUACUAAUACUGAGGAAUGGAUUUAUGGCGGUCUGGCCCACAAUCUUGUACAUCAAAGGUUAAUCAUUUCGGCAGACAUUACAUCAAAGAAUAUGCCAAAGGUUUACGAAAGGAAAACCGAUAUCAAUCAUAUUAACGAAGAUUACGUUGAUGUUGACGCCAUCCGACUCUAUGUGGCACUUAUUUAUCACAAGGGAUGGACAUACGGUAUGGAUGCAGACAAAAAAUGGUAUAAACUUACACACGAUGGCGGAGCUGAAAUGAAAGAAGUAGAAGAGUACUCGUUACACAAGUUCUUCAACUGUGAUAACACAUCGCCACUAAUAACACCCAUGAAGUCCAGCAGCACUGAGACUGCAAUCAAUAAAACUACUGACAGUACCGGUUCUGGUGACCAAUCGUCUACUACUCCCAACUCAAAGAAGACAUCUGAUAAGUCAUGGCUGUGGAUACUACUAAUAAUAAUCCUAUUAAUACUAAUUAUAUUAGCAAUCAUUUGUCUGAUCCUAUGUUGUUGUUGUCAGUCAAAACCAUCGAAAGAAAAGCCUAUACCUCUACAGUCACCACCAGCGGCAGUGACUACCGAUCCUAAAGCUGCAGACACAGAACCCACGGAUAUUCCAGCCAUACGUUCCGAUGUCGACACCACACGUAGUGAAGCAGAUUUGAAGUAAAUUUUGAAAUUGAAAACAUUUUAUUUGGUUAUUAUUUGGUAGGAAAAAACAAACAUUACUUUACA